UCUACACCAGAAGGAGUAGAAGUCACGUUCAAAGUCCACGAAUUAAAACGUAUAAUGGGAAGUAUAAACACGAUGGUUGGAAAUAAUGAAGCAUCGCUUCUCGUUGGGGCAAAAUCACCAAAUUUGUUUGGUAGAGGAGAAAGACUCCAAGUAGACUAUUCAUAUGGCCAUAAAAAUUCAUCAAACAUAAAUAUCUCUGCCAUGAAGCCAUUUUACACUGGCCGUCUAAGUAAAGUAUUAACAGCAAGCGUGUACAAUACUUCGACAGAAUUCCCAUGGUCAGGGUACAGAGAAAACGACAAAGGCUUUUUAUUAGAUUUUGCAUUCGACUCAAACGAAUCUGGUACUUUUAAACACAAUCUUCAGUAUGAGGGUAUUGUAAGAGAUUUAUCAGCAACUAAACAAGCAACUUUUAAAGUACGAGAACAAUGUGGGCCAACGUUAAAGUCAUCUCUCAGGCACAUCUGUACAGUCGAUAAAAGAGAUGAAAAAAUAUUCCCAUCUUAUGGAACACUUGUCCAAUGCACCACGGAGGUAGCUGGACUUGGUGGGAAUAUUGGCUUUGUCAAAAACGAACUAGCUUUUCAAACUAAUUAUUCACCCGUUGAUAGUCUUACAUUUCAAUUGGCUGCUCAAACUGGUUUUCUUAGAGGAAUUAACAAUGACAUGCAUAUUACUAUUGCUGACAACUUUUUCCUUGGAGGACCUAUGAAUGUUAGAGGUUUUGAAAUAAGAGGCUGUGGACCCAGAGAGGAAGGAUUUUCUCUUGGAGGAAACACAUAUUGGGCUGCAGCUCUUCAUUUUUAUAGUCCACUGCCAUUUAGACCAGGAAAAAAUACUUUCGGCAAUCUUUUCAGGUUGCACGGUUUUGUAAAUGGAGGCAACGUCAAUAAUGCCACCAUAAAAUUAGGUGGAACCUAUGAAGAAAACUUGAAGAUAUUAACAGAGAAUGUUCGUUGCACAGCUGGCUGUGGCGUCGCGAUGAAGAUAGGAAACAUAGCAAGAAUCGAACUAAACUUUUGUGUUCCCUUAAAACUCUUGAGAACUGAUGUAUUUCAGCAAGUGCAACUAGGUUUGGGUGUUCAGUAUUUAUAAAAUCGAUUUUGUACUUCGAUAGACACGGAUAAAUUGUCGCAAUUUGAUUCUUACUUAACUUAUUUUUGUAAGAGUCAUUAAAAACUUUUGUAAAUUUAUUUAUUUGUUAAUCCAAAUCUUGUUUUUUGUUUUAAUUGUAUAAAAAAAUAACUAAAGUUUGAUUUCUACAAAUUGAAAAUUUAAGGAUCACCCGAAUCUUUUCAUGAAUGUUGAAGAAAUUAGUUUCAUCUAUUAUGUUAUGACGUACGAUUUUGAUAAAUUACAUAAAUACGGAGUAUAAAAUUUCUCUAAAGAUUUAAGUAAGUCUUUUGUGCUGCAACAUACUAAGAAAAUUUCGUUGGAAUUAAAGAACGAUAAAAUUAUUGAAUUAGUAAAUACGUUGAGCAAAAAAGUGCUGUUUCGCAAUGACUUAGCUUUGUUAAACAUCUAAAAGAAUUGGGUUACAUCUAAAAAAUACUUCAAUGAAGUGUAUUAAUGUGAAAAUCUGUUAAACAAUGUGUUAAAUCAAACUGUAAUGUACAGCAUAAAUAUAGUACGGUAUAUUUUAAACUUGUUAUUUUCAUUGAUUUUUUUGAGAAAUCUAUGGGAGCCAAAAGUUACAUCUAAAACUCAGUAGCUUGCAUCAUGCUACCGAGAUGUAAUAGACAUCCAAUUACAACUAAUUAUAUUUACUUGCG